UGGGAAUGACGUGGUGGUGUCUGUUGCUCGGUGAAGGAUGUUGUCUGAUUUUGAUAUCGGGAAGAAGAUAUAAAGAAGGGCAGGACGGCGCUUUGGAUGCAGACAUUUACUGAUGCGCCAGCGAUUCGACUCCCUACAAGACCUUAGCAACCUUAUUGAUUACACUACUUUCCCUUACCACCGCGAACAUGUCUGAAGCCAAGCGAACAAAGGACAUUUACGGGCCGGGGACGUACACUGAUAAGGAGUUCAUACCUGUUCCAAGGGAUACAGAGCGCAUCUUCCGCCAGCUCGCUGAACAAACGCCCAGCUUCACACGAGAUGAAACCCUCCUCUCAAAGGUUCAGUUCACGGGUGAAGACUUCCCCAUCAUCCCCGGCCCCAUUAAGGCGACGUCCGUAGCCGCAGCCCUCCACGCCAUGUGCGGCGUGCUCGCAGACGAGAUCCUCACCCUCCGCGGCGCACAAGAUUCCUCCCGCAAGGUUACUGUAAACACCACACACGUCGCCUUCUGGUUCGGCGCCGUCGCAACAGCAUACCUCGGCGGCGAAGACGUCCUCACGCUGGCCGGCAAGGGUGCUCUGAAGAACGUAGUCCCGGACUGGGAGCGCGGCUGGGUCGACACGCCGCUCAAGUACCGCGCAACAGGGCUCUAUCCGACCAAGGACUCGCAGACGUGGUACUCGCUGCACGGCAGCAUGAAUGCGGAGCCUGUGCUGCGGUCCAUCGGGCUGGACCCCGCGACGAAGGUUGGCUCGAACGAAGAGGCUGCCCAGCUGAUCGCGGAGCACACAAAGAAGUUUCUGCCCGCGGAGCUCGAGAUGAACAACCUCAUGAACGGGUUCUGCGGGUCUGUGUGUUUCACGCCGAAGCAGUGGAAUGAGAGCAACAUGGGGAAGAGGCUGGCGGAGCAUCCGCUUGUGGACGUGGAGCAGCAGACGCACGCUGUGCCCACGCCUCCCGUUGCGUUUCUUCCACUCAAGAAGGGUGAUCUUAGACCACUAGCUGGCGUCAAGGUCGUGGAGAUGACCCGCGUCAUCGCAGGACCGCAAAUCGGCACUAUCUUAACAUCCCUGGGUGCAGAUGUGGUUAGGCUCAACCCACCGCAUCUCCCAGACAUAAACAUCAUGCAACUCACCCUCAACGCGGGCAAGCGCACCACAACCGUCGACCUCCGCAAGCCCGAAGAGCUCGCGCAAUUGCAGCAGCUCCUCUCCGACGCCGACGUUUUCGUGCAAGGGUUCCGCCACGGCAAGAUGAAGAAGUUCGGUCUGGGGCUGGAGGAGAUGCUCGAGAUGGCUGGCAAACGCGGCAAGGGGAUCGUGUACGUGUCUGAGAACUGCUACGGGCGUGAGGGAUACUACCGUGAGCGUCCGGGGUGGCAGCAAAUUGCAGAUGCAGCAGCGGGAUCCGCCUACGUGACGGGCAAGGCGCUGGAGCUGACACAGAACCUCCCCGCACAUGAGGCCGUGCUACCCAGUCUUCCUAUCUCAGAUAUGUCGACCGGUGUACUGGGCGCGGUGGGCACGUUGCUUGCACUGCGGGACCGCGCGACAAAGGGUGGGAGUUACUCUGUCCAUGCAAGCUUGACGGGCGUGAAUGCGUAUGCGCUGAGGGAAGACGUAGGGCUGUACCCCGUGGAUGUGGUGCGAGAGUGCCAGGAGCGAUUCGAGUGGCAGAGCAUGCGUGGCUCGCAUCAUGUGCUGGACAUCCUCGUGACCGUGUGGAAGGGGUGGAAGAAGGUCCUCGGCCAGUACCUUGAAGAAGAGAGCGGCUGGUUCCAGACUUUCGACAAGAGUGCGUUUGAUGGAAAGAGGCUGUCUAUUCUGAAGCCUGUCGCGCAAAUCGAGGGUGCGGAGACCGAGUGGAAGACGCCGAGUGCACCGUAUGGAACAGAGAAGUUGGCGAGCAUAGAGUGGUUGUAGUUGCGAGACGGCAUGUUUGCGCGGUGUUUCGGUGUGAUACCAUUUCGUAAUUCAAGCGAUACUGUACUCAUUCAAUUCAAAGCCAUUCAAGCGAUGCUGUACUCAUUCAAUUC